GAGAGAGAGAGCUUCGACCUUGGAAAACUUCUGAGAUGAUUUGGAUGCGAUUCUGAGAAGGACUUUCCAGAGAAAUGUCACAGAGCGAUUCCUUAGUAUCAGAGUUCGACAUCCAUAUUUAGUCUCUUAUCGAGUCGCCAUCUCCAAUCUCAGUUUCUUGAAUUUCCGAUUCGUUCAGAUUUUCGCUUCAACAUUUUGGGCGGGAAAUUCAAAAUUCGGAUGGUAAUGCUUCGAUUUGAAUGUGUAGAACUUGAACUCAGGACGUGGUGAAUCGUAUUCGUUAAUCCAUGGAAGGUUUUCACGGAAGCAUCGGCAAUGGCGGCGGUGGUGGAAAUUACUCGAAAGCGACGAAGAUCAAAAUUCCGCCGGGGAUGAAAACGCACCACUUGAUGAUUGGGAGCGGCCGUUACAACGGCAAUCCCGUGAGCCCAACGAUCUUCGAUUCCUACUCCGAGAAUCUUGACCUGAACACGUCGCUGAUCAGGUACAUGUGUUCUGGAUCUCCAGUCACCGGAAAACUCGCAUUGGCCGGAGACGGCUGCUUCGUUCCGAGAGGCUCGUUGUCGCCGCUUUCGGUUGUGGAGAACUUGAUCGGGAGGUCGUCGCCGCCGCCGCCGCCUCCGGUUUACGGAACGCCGGCGAAGGCGGUGGAAGGGGAGGAUACUCUGUUGAUGGACGGAGUUCUGGUGAUCGGCGGAGGAAAGAGGACUUCAAGCUUCUCUGGUUCUCAUUCCUCUUCUGCGUCGGGCUCGGCUGGGAAGAGUCUAUUCAAGACGGAUAGUUGCCGGUCCUCGGAGGAUUCUGGAAGCUGCCGAUACAGCUCCAAACGCCAGUUUGUUCUUGGGAAAGAAGACCUCCGAUCAACUCAUCUGAUCAUCAAGAACAAGACUGAGUCACAGGCGCGCAGGUCAUAUAAGAGCCCAGGACUAACCGCCUAUAGUCCAAACUCUCUCUUUCUUCCUCGGGUUAUUCCACCAAUAUUCACAGAAGCAGCGGUGACUCCAACCCGAACAGCCUCACCCACCACAUCAAGGACUCCAACCAAAAAAGCCUCACCAACCACAUCAAUAACUCCGAUCAAAACACCCUCUUCCACCACAUCGAUGACUCCAAUCAAAACACCCUCUACCACCACAUCAAUGAUUCCGAUCAAAACACCCUCUCCCCCCACACCAAGAAACAAAACAAACACCCUCUGCACUGCCAUAGCCUGGAAGGACUGGUCGCCUCAGGAUGACGGGAUUGAAGUUGCUCUGCCAGGUUCUUCAACCGGAAAACCUCCAUCAAGAGAGAGUGUUAAUGCAUACAUCGAUAAGGUUCUCUCUGGUCGAACUUCAAGGAGAUUGCCGGGAUUUUCUGAAAUUUGCUCCGAGUAGUCUCUAAACUGCUUAGAGAAGUCUGGCCCCGGACACAUACAAGUAUAAUGCACAUAUUACUGCUCUUGUUUUAGAUCCACAGUUGACUAAAAUGACUCUUUCUUUUCAUUCCCCCACACCCCAAGGGUAAUUCAACAUAUUAUAUAGCAUGCAAUAAAGGUUAAUUGAGAGUCAUAUUUUCCCAAAUAUAUAGUUUGUUCAUGCGACACAGCUACAGGUUCUAUUCUUGCCUGCAAUUAUCGGCAUAUAGAUAUGGAUGGAAAGGUACAUAUAAUAGUACUGAAACGAUGAGAAUUGUGUACAUAAAACACUAUUUUGUAUCUCUUGGGUUUGAACCUUCAUAUUUCUGUGAGGAUAUGGGAACU